UUAAUAAUUCAUUUUGGAUUAGGCACAUCAAUCAACACACACACACCUAUUAUUUCAUUUUAUAUUGUAAUCAUAACUCUAUAGUAAUAACGAUUCCAACAUUUCUGACUCAUAAAUAAAUAGUUUAAUUAUUAUACUUUGGUAUAUCGUUCUUCGCUUGGAAUAUUCGAAACUUCGUAUGCAAAUAAUUAGGUAUUAUACCAACGCAAAAUAUUUAUUGGCAAAUUAACGGAACCAGCUGCAAUAGGUAUAUAUAAUUAUGCGUUUAGCCUUUAGCGUCAUACUGUUGUUCCAUAGCAACUAACACAUAGUACCUAGGCAUCAUACUCUAUAAGAAUCAAUAGUCAAACAAACAUCCAUACGACCGCGUUGUACACCGGUCGUUGUUUUUGUUGUAGUCAUAGGAUAUUUUGUCAAGUUAUUCUACAAUAAUUAGGCAUGUUCAUCCUUGCAUAAUUUUAUAAAGUACCUAUAUAAUUACUUGCAACUAUAAACGAUUCGUGUAUAGACCAUGGAAGAGUUUGCAGACACCAAAGAAGACGAAAACAAGAAAAUUGUUCACACCUAUCCAUUAGUGCAAGCGUGUGAUAUGUCAGAAGAAAUGAAAGCUGAAACAGUUGAAGUUAUAAUUACAGCAUGCGAAAAAUUUGGAACAGAUUAUUUCGCGGCGGCCAAGACGGUGAAACAAAUGCUCGAUAAAAAAUACGGUCCUCAGUGGAAUGCGGUGGUCGGAGAAGCGUUCGGCAUACAAAUAACGCACCAGACCAAUACGCUGAUGUACAUGUUUUUCGGCGGCAAUCUUGGCAUUUGCGCCUGGAAAAUCUAACCCCAUCAACGAGACAAAUAGUUGUUUCAAAAACAAUAGAAUAGACAAUAGCAUAUUAUUUAAUUAUUAUAUAACAAUAAUAUCCUGUAAUAUAUUAUACUAUUAUAGUACCUAAUAAAUACCAAUUAUAUUGGUUCUGUUACAAUAUCAACAACCCUACAGCAAAGUAAAUAUGAAUAAUCAUGUAUCUAUUAUAAAAUGGUUUUUUGGAAAAAAUUAUCGAUCACAGGUGGUCAACAUCAAUCAUCACAAAUGCACGUUUACAAUUUAUUUAAAUCUUGUACUUGAGUGGGGAUAUAAUAGGUACUCUGUAUGAUUACAAUAAAUUCAUAAUUCAUAAAAUAUUUUAUUUAUUCAAGAAGGCUAUAUCUAUCCUACACACGACCACGUUAAUAGGAGAGUAGCAUAGAAGAGUGCCUACUCCCUACACUAAAUACAGAUAAACACGGACAAUAGCUAAAAGGUUUAUUAGCAUGUCUCAUGUCAAUAUUAUCAUUUAUCACCAUAAACAGUAUACAAUUAAUAAUAUAAAAGAUACUUAACCUAGUUAUGCCUCGAAAAUUGUACAAAUGAAUAUUAUAAGAAAAAUUUAAAUAUUUUAAUACAUUUUUAAUUUUUUAAAAAACUACAAAUCAAUGAAUCUUUUACAUUACCUAUAUCAUAGAAUAUAUUUUUUUUUUUUUAGAAAUGAGACAUCCUGUUCGAUUAUGAGGAAAAAAUAUAAAAAUUUUAUAUUUCAAUCACAAAUAGAUAAUUUACAUACAACUACAUAGCAUGAUUUUUAAACUCUAAUCACUUCAUUAUCAGAAGUAAAAAAUUGUCGAUAUCCGUUCAAUGAGUCUCUAUUGAAAUAUGAAAAUCUGUUUAACAACUUAAUUUAGCUGCUGUUAUAGAUUUACAUUCUAUUUUAAAUAUAUUUUUUCAAUUAGGUAAGAUUGUAAGAAAUAGUAGUAAUAAAAACAAAAAACAAAC